AUGCGGGAGAUCGACGCGCACUUUGAUGCGUACGAACAUCUCAAGCAUCUACCGCGCGAUGGCGAAGCACUACAUAUGCUUCGAAAGGCAGCUUCUAUGGUCAAGCCUAUGAUGAGGAAACGAGGCUGGAAAGUUGGCACACUGGCUGAAUUCCUUCCUGAUGAACCUCAGCUGCUAGGGUUGAACAUCAAUAGAACAGAGAGGAUACUGAUUAGGUUGCGCUAUCACCAUGAUUCAAGGCAAUUCUUACCCAUGGAGCAGAUCACAGAUACUUUGCUGCAUGAGCUUUCGCAUAUCAUCUGGGGUCCACACGACCAUAACUUUCACAACCUUUGGAAUGAGUUGCGCGACGAGCAUCAAUCUUUGGUCUCGAAGGGCUAUACUGGUGAUGGUUUCCUAUCACAAGGCCAGAAGCUUGGAGGGAAGCGGAUACCACUAGACGAAAUGCGCCGCCAGGCUCGGAUAUCAGCAGAAAAACGAAAGGCGACUACAAACCAGAACGCAGGCGGGCGUCGAUUAGGAGGGGGGCUGAAUUCCCGCGGCGUUGAUAUGCGCAAGGUCAUCGCCGACGCCGCGACAAGGAGAACCAGUAUCACAGAAGGCUGCGCAAGUGGCAGUUCCGAAGCCGGAAGGCUACGCGAUCAACAAGCACAAACUGGAUUCAGGACAAAGGCCGAUGAAAACGACGCGAACGAUCUAGCAAUCGCGCAAGCUCUGCAGGAGCUCAUGGAGGAGGAGGAGAUGAUCAAGUUGGAAGAGUUGUGCGCACCCAACGGAGGGGGAGGAUUGGCCUGGGAUCCUGUGAAUGGCCUACAGUUCGACACUGACCCUCCUUCGUCGCGAACACCAACCCCGAAGCCAAUACCUUCUCGAAGCGUGUCUUCGACUAUCGCAGGACGACCGUUGUCGCGCUUAGUUACGGAGAACGCCGCCAGACGACCUACAUCAUUACCAAGCUCUCGUCGCCCGUCGUCUCGCCCCAUAUCACAGGAGGAGGAAGCCAUUCGUAACAGGCCGUUGCCACCUUCGCCCCCCGAACCGUCACCAGCUUCACUCGCCGUCCCCACGGACCCGGACAAAUGGGCCUGCCCUCAAUGCACGCUGCAUAACCCGCUUGACUUUCUCGCAUGCGGAGCCUGUGGUCUCGAGCAGCCGCCACAGCCAAUCCCGCAAAAUCAGCGCUACGGUUCCUCUCAUCAUCCGGCCAGCUUACCAAAGCCACCCCCUGCAGUAGGGCUUAGAGGUGCCGGUGCUACGCCUUUCGAACCUGCCAAGGGACGGAUAGGCUGGAAUUGCCUCAAUUGUGGGACUUUCAUGGAGCACCAGUGGUGGACCUGCUCACUUUGUGGGAAGAUGAAGGACGAGUCGUGA